AAGUUGCACCUGAAUAAAACUUCCCAGUUUUGGGGUGAAUAAUAAUUUGAAAAAGUUCAGUUGUUUGUAUAGACUAUACUAGCUAGAUGUUUGUGCUGGGAAGCUUCCAGUUUCCAUGGAAGAAUCGAUUUUCUUCAGGCCCCCUAUUAAGCGUGAGCAUUUAAAGAAACUAUACAAUUUAUGCACUUUCCGGCCAAAUUUCGAUUUAUUCAAAAAUGCGCUUAUUGUUCACCCUUCUUUACUGGGAAAGCGUCAUUGUGGGUUUCUCCAAUCGCUUCUGUAGCUGCAAAUACGUGGAAGGCACCCUGAAAACAAACCAGAAUUGGGCUUUUCUGGCACGGUUCUGCUUCCUUUCCGAAGAAGGCCAGUUUGAGUAUGUGAUCGACUACAACGAAAACCAGGGCGAAAUCAACUUGCUUCUCUACUACGACACAGACGAUCAAUGGCCUGCUGUUUACAAAUCAGCCAAGACGUGUGAGGAACGAGAGGCUGUCUUAAACGUGCAACAGAACCAGUUAGUUAACAUGACUGUAAGGGGAGAAGCAGCGCGACAGUUUGCUGGCUGUACAUUUGGGGUGCAAAGCUUCACCACCCCAACACCCCUUUAUACCAUCAAUAUUCCAACGCCCAAAAGGCGCAAUGGUACCAGCAAAGGAACAGUCGCAAUAAAAACCAGUUCAACCACGCCUACUACUACCACAAUUCUAGUGUCAACCCAAACCGCUUUCAGUUUGGAAGCUGAGUCUUUUGGCACUACUGCGGAAGUGGACCAGAUGAGCACAUGGGCGUUUUCUACUGAAAGUUCCUUUACUUCUUCGCAAGAAGUCUUUGAAGCCAGCACACCAGUGGAGGUGGAAGCUUCAACUAAUGGCCCAGAAUUGCUUUUGGAAAAUGCACGGGAAACUACUAGGGAACCUCAGGCAACAAUGCGAAAGUCGCCCAUAAAGAAACGUUCCGUGCCGACAAAAGCGCCAAAAAUGCGUCCGAAAAAGUCCGGAAGAUUCAUCAACUGCCACAACGCGCGGCGCUUCCGAAGCGCCCGCGAAAGAUGGUGGUUCAUAGCUGUGAGCAACUGCAAAGCCACUAAAGGCAUCGACUUAAACUAUCAAUUGCUCAUGACCAACGGCCCCCCAGGCGAUUAUUGGCGUGAGCAUUUCUCAGCUGAUGAGUUCUAUGUUCUGCCCAUUCUGAUGGGCUUUUCCAUUGCCUACUCUUUCCUGAUGUUGGGCAUCACUGUGUGCUCCUUGGAGCUGAAGCAACGCCAGCUUCUUCACACGACUUACAAAAUAUUCGUGCUAUCCUGCGUGCUGCAGCUUUUGGGCAUUCUCCUCAUGAGCAUCGUUUAUCUGAAAAUGGCUGUGAGUGGACGCGAGUCGCCAAAAACCAAGCGAGUGGGCAACAUGCUGCUGGGGGCUUCCGAGACUUGCUACCUUCUGCUUCUGCUCCUGCUAGCCAAGGGUUUUACCAUCACUCGGGGGCGAUUGCCGCUGAAAGGAACGGUGAAACUGACCAUUUUCAUGUGCGUGUACGUGACGACUUACCUGACGAUUUUCGUCUAUGAGGCUGUGGUGUUUGACCCAGGGGAAGUGCUGUAUCUGUACGAAUCGCCCGCAGGGUACAGCCUGAUCACUCUCAGGCUGUGCGGCUGGGCAAUGUUCAUUUACUCCACCGUUUUCACCCUUAAGCGCUACCCGGAAAAGUCGAACUUCUACUACCCAUUCAACAUCUUUGGGACCAUUUGGUUCGUGGCAGGGCCCGCCUUCAUCCUAUCAGCUAACACCUACAUAGAUAAAUGGGUGCGGGAAUCCGUCGUAUACGCCGUGCUGCUGUUCAUAGCCUUCGGCGGGCAUUUGAUGUUUUUGAUCCUCACCAUGCCCAGUGUUGCUAACAAAAACUUCCCGUACCAUGUGCGAACCACCCAAAUAGGAAUUAUGGAGGUGACCGGAACCGCCGGGACCAGCAGCAUUGAGCAGUUUGGGCACCAUGCUUAUGAGCCCAGCAGUCUGGGAGGCAGAGAGCAUACGGUGAUUAUCCCACUAACCAGGAGAACUGAGGAGAUUUUCGAAGGGAUGUACAAUCAGAAGAGGUUUUCACGGCCGCAAAUCACCGAACUGCCCAACGACUUGGACAAUGGGGAAACUGCUCGGGAUGCUGUAAUGGAGAAUGUCCUCAGCUGGUCUUUGGCCAAAAGCAUUCCGGCCGUCGAUUUUGCCGGCUUCGACAAAAUCAAACACCGAAGAGACAGCAUUGGUUCUGCGACCUCAAAGCUAACGGAAAACAGCUUCCAAAACGAGAUCAACACCCGAAGGCCCUCAUUGAGCAACCAUUUGACGCUGGAGGACCAAAAUGUGGCUGUCUGUUACGAAGAACUAGUCAGCCACGUUCCUGUUGAUCUGUUCACUAUUUCCAAAGCACUUGAUGCUGCCUCAAAUGAAAUCCUGCCGAAUGGGCCUUACAGAAAAUUGAGCAAGUAGCCUGCACUCUAGUGAUUUUGUGGCUGAAUGGACUCAUGUGAGGACAAUCUAAAGUGGCGACACAACAUUAGGAAUUCAUAUAAACCAGAACGUGCAGAAAAUAGCGCUUUACCCUUUUUAAACUUUGGGGUUUAAGGAUCGCAAACAUUUGUUUGAGCAAAAAACACACAUUCCUCAUAGUUGGCGUUUACUUCUGUACAGUU